GUUCCUGAACCGUGCAGCAGUGAAAACUGAAGGAGACAUCGGACCAGACGGGUCCAAUGCAAAACCUUGGAAGCUAUGCACAUUGCAACAAGUAGAAGAUUUCAAGAGCCUAAUCAAAAUGUUCCCAUUAUGGACAUCUGGAGUAUUCUUGUGCAUCCCAAUUGUUAUCCAACAAAGCUUGCCAAUAAUCCAAGCUCUAACAAUGGAUCGUCACCUUGGACGCCGUUUCCAAAUCCCAUCUGGUUCCAUUACAGUCUUCAUAAUGAUCUCCUGUUCCAUCACUGUUGCCUUCGUUGACAGACUCUUGUUUCCCACCUGGGAGAAGCUCAGGGGCCGGCCUCUGACACCUCUCAAACGAGUUGGGAUUGGCCAUGUACUAACGGGUCUCAGCAUGGCGGUGGCGGCGGUGGUGGAGUCGAGGCGGCUCAAAAUGGCAAAAUCUCACCACCUCCAAGACCAAAAUGGUGGGGUUGUACCCAUGUCAGUCUUUUGGCUGGUGCCCCAGUUGGCCAUUGUUGGUAUUGGAGAAGCAUUUCAUUUUCCCGGAAAUGUUACAUUUUACUACCAAGAAUUUCCUGCAACACUGAAAAGCACUUCAACUGCCAUGGUUGCGUUGUAUAUAGGUAUCUCCUAUUAUUCGGGCAACAGCGUGAUGGAUCUUGUUCGAAGGGUAACUCCCUGGUUACCAGACAAUAUAAAUGAUGGGAAGCUAGAUAAUGUGUACUGGUUGUGUACUGCAAUUUCAACGUUGAACAUUGUGUAUUAUCUUGUAUGCGCCUGGUUGUACAAGUAUCAAGGUGCACAGGAGGUGUUCGACGAUAGUUCUAAACCAGAGAAAUGAUGUUGAUUGCAAAUCCAAGCAAGGUACUUAGCUGUUUCUUUUACUGUGAUUAUGUAUUAGACCCUUUGUUUACCG